GAGCUCGUCUCCUGCGAGUACGUCUCCUGCGAGUACGUCUCCUACGAGUACGUCUCCUGCGAGUACGUCUCCUGCGAGUACGUCUCCAGUGAGUAUGUCUCCUGUGAGUACGUCCCCUGCGAGUACGUCUCCAGUGAGUAUGUCUCCUGUGAGUACGUCCCCUGCGAGUACGUCUCCAGUGAGUACGUCUCCUGUGAGUACAUCUCCUGGGAGCUCGUCUCCUGCGAGUACGUCUCCUGCAAGUACGUCUCCUGCGAGUACGUCUCCUGCGAGUUCGUCUCCUGCGAGUACGUCUCCUGCGAGUUCGUCUCCUGCGAGUACGUCUCCUGCGAGUACGUCUCCUGCAAGUACGUCUCCUGCGAGUACGUCUCCUACGAGUACGUCUCCUGGGAAUACGUCUCCUGCAAGUACGUCUCCUACGAGUACGUCUCCUGUGAGUACGUCUCCUGUGAGUACGUCUCCUGUGAGUACGUCUCCUGUGAGUACGUCUCCUGCAAGUACGUCUCCUACGAGUACGUCUCCUGGGAAUACGUCUCCUGUGAGUACGUCUCCUGUGAGUACGUCUCCUGUGAGUACGUCUCCUGGGAGUACGUCUCCUGGGAGUACGUCUCACAGAAACAUGCUACCUGCAUAUCAUGUUACAGUUCCAUUAAUAGUCUCCUUGUAAACUG